AUGACUAGACAUUACGAAUCAGUGUCGUGGUGGUACUUACUUACACUUUCAGCUAAUCCGGAGGAUGAACCCCGAAUACCUCGUUUCAAUCCUUUUGUGUUCCUACCAGCAGCUGUGUGUGAUAUCAUUGCCACUUCGGUCUCAUACGUCGGACUGACAUUGACCUCUGCUAGCAGUUACCAGAUGCUUCGAGGUGCCCUGAUCGUUUGCACAGGACUUUUGUCCAUUGUGUGGCUCCGUGCACGGAUUAAACUCUUCCAAUGGUCCGGAAUGAUAUUGUGUGUGGCUGGCUUGGCAGUUGUCGGUCUUACGGACAUCUAUUUUAGUGGGGAUGAACCGGGAGAACAAUCGAAUGUGAUUAUAGGUGACUUCCUUUGCGCUAUCUCACAAAUUUUCGUAGCCGUACAGCUUGUCUCUGAGCAGAAAUAUUUACGUCAGUACAAUGUGGAUCCGCUCUUUGCCGUAGGGAUUGAAGGGAUUUUCGGGAUCAUUCUUCUUUGCGCUGCUAUGGUUCCGAUGUAUUAUAUCCACGUGCCACCUACAUUUUCUACGAAUCCAGAACACCGCCUCGAAGUAAGUGAAGCUCCUGAACGACUUAUGGAAAAAGGGGUUAAUAAAUCUUCAAGCGAUGGCCGAAAACAUGAUUUAAUGGGUAUUGAUGUUCAGAAACCGCCAUUUUUCAGCAGCUCGAGAAUUGUUUUCUUUUUACAGGAUGUCCUUUACGCAUUCAAAGAAAUUAAAGUCCAACCAAUGAUUCUAGCCGCUUUGGGUGGAACGACAAUCAGUAUUGCUUUCUUCAAUUUUGCUGGAUUGACGGUAUCCAAAAACCUGUCAGCUACAACCAGAACUGUGCUUGAUAGCGUUCGAGUCAUAUUGAUUUGGGCGGCCGAAAUGCCACUUUUUGGGCAAAAAUUUAUCCCCUUACAGUUGAUCGGCUUCGCUCUUCUAAUUGCCGGCAUGUUUGUAUAUAACGACCUCGUUUUCGGACCAUGGUUCCGCCGAAGAGUUCUCCCUAAGAUGGACACCUCACAGUGUCUUACUAAGUGA